AUGUCCUUUCGUCAAUUUUCUUCUGGAUCUUCCUCAAAAGCAGUUGCUACACCUAUCCCACCUCCUCUUCCUCCUCCAAGGACCCCAGCGAGGUUCACGUCUUCUCUACCAUGUGAUGAGCUUUCUGCGUUAGUACAUGAGAAGGGUGAAGAGGGGGGUGCACGUAUCCCCGAAAGCGUGCUUAGCACGCCUCGAAUGGUGCGCGAUGCUGUUUAUUCGUAUGUCCAUCCACAAGAUCAAUCCAAAGAUGCGUAUCUUUUGAGUUGGAACAAAGAAUUCGCAAAAACACUUGGAGUGGAUAAGAACAAACUGGAAAGAAGUCAGUGGUCAGAGGAAGAGUAUGACCAUUUGGUCAAAGUUCUGACUGGGGGAGCAAGGACACUCAGCGCAGCAGAUUACAAAAACACUUCAGACGGGCCUAGAUUAGCACAACCCUGGGCGCUCUGCUAUGGCGGACAUCAGUUCGGAUAUUAUGCAGGGCAGUUGGGCGAUGGCCGAGCCAUUUCUUUGUAUGAAACUGUCAACAAAGAAACAGGUGAAUCAUGGGAGCUACAGCUCAAGGGCGCUGGGAAAACACCCUACAGUCGCUUCGCAGAUGGAUAUGCUGUUCUACGCUCUUCAAUUCGAGAAUAUCUCUGUGCUGAAUUUGUUGCUGCGCUCGAUGUCCCCUCUUCAAGAUCACUUGCCAUCUUGUCCACCAAGACCCAAGUCAUCCGUGAAGAAGGAGUCGAACCUGGAUCGAUCGUGUGUCGUGUUGCGCCCAGUUGGGUCCGAUUCGGGAACUUUGAAAUCUUUUUCUAUCGUAAAGACCGAAAGAACCUACGUAAGCUAGCUGAAUAUGUAACGGAGCAAGUCUUUAAUUUACCCAAAGACAAUCCUGAGGAAAUGACGACAUUCGCAAUGAAGAACAGGAAAAAUGACAUCAACAUGACCACAACUGCACCAGAACCUGUUAUUACAAAGGAAAGUGCAACCACAGCGACAGAGGGUGCAGCUGAGGGUGCGCCUGCCGCAGAAUCAUCGCCCAAACCGGCAUACCGUAAUCGAUUUGCAAAGAUGUUUGAGCAGAUUGCACAUCGAACUGCUAUCAUGGUCUCAGGCUGGCAAGCAGUUGGAUUCUGUCACGGAGUGAUGAAUACAGACAACAUGUCAGUCUUAGGUCUUACGAUCGAUUAUGGCCCAUAUGCCUUCUUAGACAAGUAUGAUCCCGCCUGGAUCUGCAACCACUCCGAUACUGAGGGUCGCUAUGCAUUCCAGCAGCAACCUGGGAUCUGUCUUUGGAAUUUGGGCCGACUGGCAUUGACGCUCGAGAACCUUAUCGGAGCUCAAGAACGCGUUGAUGAGCUAGAAUGGCUGGAAUUACAAGAGUCGGACCCAGAGAAGGAGCAACACCUCAAGGAAGCAGCCCAAAAUAUCAUAGUUGAUAUCUUGAAUAAGAAUUUCAGGGAGGUCUUCUUGAAGGAUUACCGCCGACGUAUGAAUGCAAAACUAGGACUCGGGGGGCCAGAGCAGGUGCGAGAUGAAGAUCUGACCAAGAUCUUGGUUCCUGCUCUAUCUUGGAUGGAUGACUAUGAGAUUGACUUCCAUCAAUUCUUUAGAGAUUUGGCAGACUAUAAGGUUCAGAAAGCUGAGACUCUAGAGGAGAAUAUGGAUCAAGUGAAGCAAUUGGUCAAAAGGCUACUCCCGCCAGUUGUUUGGCAGACUCGCGGCAGUGCUGCGGUUGAGGAGUCCAGGAGCUGGUUGGCUGCUUAUCAUACAAGGAUUGUAGAGUCAGAUGAGCUAAGGGAUGAUCAGAAGCGUCGGUCGAAGAUGAACAAGAUCAAUCCAGCAUUUGUGUUGAGAAAUUGGGUGGCACAAAAAGUAAUUGAACGUACGACAGAGAGUGUUAGAAAGACAAGAGAAGGAAGCCAGGAAGAUGAUCCUGAUAAGGACUUGCUCGACAGAGUGUUGUGGAUGUGCCAGCAUCCAUUUGGAGAAGAGACAAAAGAGCCUACUGAGACUAUGGAUAUUGACGCUUGUGAGGUUAAACGAAACAAUACAGGAUUGGAGGUUUACGGCGAAUUUGUUGGUCCUGUCCCUGAAUGGGGCCAAGGUAUUCAGUGUAGUUGCAGCUCUUAA